AGGCGGCAGUGACAGCGGUAUUGGCAGGGCCAGCGCGCACUCUCUCCCAGGCGCACCAGCGUCUUGCUUCCUCCGCACCGCCCAGCUGACGGCCAUCCCCGGCCGAGGCGCGCACAGCCCAGCCCCGCACACAACAGCGGCGACCGCGGGGCCCGCUCGGAGCCCGGACGGCCGCCAUGGGGAAGCCGGCGAGGAAAGGAUGCGACAGCAAGCGCUUCCUGAAGAAUAACUGGCUGCUGCUCUCCACCGUGGUCGCGGUGGUGCUAGGCAUUGUCAUAGGAGUCUUGGUUCGAGAAUACAGCAAUCUCUCAACUCUGGAUAAAUUCUACUUUGCUUUUCCUGGAGAAAUCCUGAUGAGGAUGCUGAAACUCGUCAUUCUGCCAUUAAUUGUAUCCAGCAUGAUUACAGGUGUUGCUGCACUGGAUUCCAAUGUUUCUGGGAAAAUUGGUCUGCGUGCUGUCUUGUAUUAUUUCUGCACCACUAUCAUUGCUGUAAUUCUAGGUAUUGUGUUGGUGGUGAGCAUCAAGCCUGGGGUCACCCAGAAAGUGGAUGAAAUCGACAGGACAGGCAGCACCCCUGAAGUCAGCACAGUGGAUGCCAUGUUAGACCUGAUCAGGAAUAUGUUCCCUGAGAACCUCGUGCAGGCCUGUUUUCAGCAGUACAAAACCACUCGUGAAGAAGUGACAGCUUCCGAUGAUACAGGGAAGAAUGGGACUGAAGAGUCUGUCACAGCCGUCAUGACAACAGCCGUGUCUGAGAACAGAACAAAGGAGUACAGAGUCGUGGGCCUGUAUUCAGAUGACAUCAAUAUCCUGGGCUUGAUUAUCUUCUGCCUCGUGUUUGGACUCGUCAUCGGGAAAAUGGGAGAAAAGGGACAGAUUCUGGUGGAUUUCUUCAAUGCUUUGAGUGACACAACCAUGAAAAUCGUUCAGAUCAUUAUGUGUUACAUGCCGCUUGGUAUUUUGUUCCUGAUUGCCGGGAAGAUCAUAGAAGUUGAAGACUGGGAAAUUUUCCGCAAGCUGGGCUUGUACAUGGUCACCGUCCUGAGUGGGCUUGCAAUCCACUCCAUUGUCAUUCUCCCACUGAUAUAUUUCAUUGUGGUGCGAAAGAACCCUUUCCGAUUUGCCAUGGGAAUGACCCAGGCUCUCCUGACAGCACUCAUGAUCUCUUCCAGUUCAGCAACACUGCCUGUCACCUUCCGCUGUGCAGAAGAAAAGAACCGUGUGGACAAGAGGAUCACUCGAUUUGUGUUGCCCGUUGGUGCCACAAUCAACAUGGAUGGGACCGCACUCUAUGAGGCAGUGGCAGCAGUGUUUAUUGCACAGUUGAAUGAUAUGGACUUGAGCAUUGGGCAGAUCAUCACUAUCAGCGUCACAGCUACAGCUGCCAGCAUUGGAGCUGCCGGUGUGCCCCAGGCUGGCCUGGUGACCAUGGUGAUCGUGCUGAGUGCUGUGGGGCUGCCCGCUGAGGAUGUCACCCUGAUCAUUGCUGUCGACUGGCUCCUGGACCGGUUCAGGACUGUGGUCAACGUCCUUGGUGAUGCUUUUGGAACCGGCAUUGUGGAAAAGCUCUCCAAGAAGGAGUUGGAGCAGAUGGAUGUUUCAUCUGAAGUCAACAUCGUGAACCCUUUUGCCUUGGAAUCUGCAACCCUCGACAACGAAGACUCAGACACCAAGAAGUCCUACAUCAACGGAGGAUUUGCAGUAGACAAGUCUGACACAAUCUCUUUCACCCAGACCUCACAGUUCUAGAGGCACUGGCUUCACAGGACUGUCAUGAAGGACCUUCCAUGAGAGUCAUCUCUUAGCAAAUGCAAACAUUAAUUAAGGAAAAUGCAAAUGGCCACUGUACAUUUAAUUUGAUAUACAGACCUCCAGAUUAUUUUCUAUAUUCAAAUUCUGAGCCUUUGCUCUCUGGGUUUUGGGAUUUGGGGCAGGGUGGGGUAACAUGAAAGGAAAUUCUUGAAAGUUGUAUUAUCUGAAUUUUUUAAAAUUCCAUAGGCCAAAGUUUAGAAGUAUGCAAACUAACUUGGAAUUAGAUAAUGGGUAUGGAAGAGAAAUUGCUUUCUCAUGUACAGACUAGUAUUUUUUAAAAAAUAAUUCUGUCAUUGGUUACAAAUUUUUACUCAGGCUUUCUAUUGGCAUGGAUUUCCUUUGACCUCACUUUUUUAUAGAUUAUUCUUCAUCUAACCUUCCCCACUAAUGUGCCAAAUUGUCCAUACUGAACUCCUUUCUAGCCAAUUUCAAAGAAAUUGCUUUGAAAGAAAACAAACCAGCACAGUUCCUCAAUAACAGUCUUAAGAUGGGUAUAGGCUUUGGGGAGGGAAGGAGACGAGUUCUUUUACUAAUGUACUGUAUUGGGAUGCUGAUAACUGUUAACCCAGUGUUCACUAUAGAGCUAUAUAUAUAUAUAUAUGUAUGUAUGUGUAUGUAUAUAUUUAUUAUUUUCAUAUAAUUCGCCAGAGAUCAGAAUUGAACUGUCAAUGUGAAAUAAAGAGCUGUCCUUGUACUUGAAUAGUUAUUACAAUUCCAACCCAGAUCUGCUGUGGGGCUUAUCAGAACUCUUUUCCUUUUUAUCAGAAUUAGAGAAAUCAUGUUGUCGGAUCACUUAAGGUCUGUGUAUCAGCCCCAAGCAGAGAUGUAUUGUGGUGACAGUCCAGGCUGGCCAUUCACUUACAUCUCCCAGAUUGGUGCUGCCUGGAGUGAACCCAUAUCAGCUGUACAUAAGACUGCACACAAAGGUGCCACUCAUGAAAGGCUGGACGUGCUUUUAUCUAAUUAGAAGGCCUCCUUCUCCUGUGUGGACUCAUGCCAGGUAGAGAAACAUUUUGCUGGCCUUGCACUUUUGUAUCCAUCAGCACCCAAACAACAGUGGCAGAUGACCAGCUACGUUGCAUUUGAAUAUAGAAUCCACGGUUUGAACAAGCCACACUGCAGAAAAAGAGCUGUGUCAACCCUGGGUUCUUGCAGAGUAAACCACGGGACCUGAGACGCUGGUGCCAGCAGGUGAGGAGUGAGUCUUCCAUUCUGCAACGCUUGUCUCCUCCUCUAACGAUGGCUUCACUGUUAAUCUUGGCCCUGUUCAUUAAAAUCCUUUGCUUGUCAUCCUCCUGCUAAUUUAUGAAGAUAACUGAUAAAAGUCUGUGCUUCAGUUCUCAUCUUGUAAAUAAUGCUUAACAUGUACUUACACUGGCAUCCAAAACAGUAAUGCAGUCUUAUGUAGCCAGCUCAAACAUGUGCUUUUAAAAUUAAGCCAGAAAUUGUGCCAAAGAAAGCAGGGAAGUAAAUACUCAGUAUUGACCAUCUGCAGCUGAAACUAUGAGACUGAUACCGAACCGUCAUGUAAUCAUCAUAGUAACCAGUGGUUCAAUGUGAAUUUUAAAAUGGAAUUAUUGGUAUUGUUAUAGGAAAUAAAUAGAGCUGUAAAUG